GAAAAAUUCAACAGGUGUUAACUUGUGUACAAAUGUUGGAAAAAGGGACAUUGUGAGCGCAUUAACAGCCCUUAGCUAAAGUUACACAGUAACCUGAGAUUCAGCGGGGAGGAGUGUGCGUGCGUGAGAGUGUUUGCAUGCAUGGGUACAUGCUUUCAGACAUUAAGCAAGAGGAGGAGUCUUAAAAAAGAAAAAAAAAAAGCAAAUAAAAGGGGCGUGUGUGUCUUAGGGAAGUUGGGAGUAUUUGGAGGGAGUUCCCCGAGUAUUCCAAAGCGGUGUGCACUCCUCCUCACAUGCUUGAGGGAGUGUGUCGGACGUUUCGGAGUCUAUUUGCCAGAAGAAAGAAGGACAAUGGCCUAGCAGCCGUCGGCUGCUGGUCUUGACCAACGAUUGGACAUGGGCCUGCUGCUGCGUUUGGCCUUGGCGCUCACGUGCGUGUGCGUGAGCGUCCAUGUUUACCUGGAGGUGGCACGGCCCCUUGCACCUGCGCCCCUGCCGGUGGGGUGGCCCAUCCGGACCGGGUGGGACCCAGAAACGGAGAACAGACUUGAGAAGAGAGAAGGCCGAAUGAAGGGGAGGGAUGAAGACUCGUUCAGGAAUCGACAGAGAAAGGUGCAUCGGUGGCACAUAAAGCUGCAGCCUUGGGCCAAACAAAGCCACUCUCUGGAGGAUGAAGCAAAACGCUUUCUUCAAUACAUCACAAGACCACAAGUGUCCUGCACAAGUCCCCGUGUGAGCCCAGAUGGAGCAUGGGCCGUGUGUCUGGACCCGAAGUACAGCCUGACUCAUAGGAUGCAACGCAAGCAAUGUAGGGUCUACUCUUUUGGAUUGGGGACAAAUGACCGUAACCUGGAACGGUACCUUGCGGGAUCCGGGUGCGAGGUGCACCGUUUCGAUCCCAGUUUGAAGCAGCCGCACCAGCACUACGGCGAAAUGUGGCUCCACCGCCUAUCCGUCGACUGGAGGGAUCCCAACCCUGCUGUCAUUGCCCAGCGGCAGUACACCAAGAAACUGGCCACUAUCCUCAACGACUUUGGUCACAGACAGGUGGACGUACUGAAAGCAGACAUGGAGAGUGCCGAGUGGAAGAUUCUGGAGAACCUAAUCCUGGAAGGAGUUCUGGACUCGGUCGGUCAACUGCUUUUGGAGGUUCACCUCCACUGGGCGGGUUUCGAGGUGGCGGGGGACAACCCAUCCGUAGUACGCUAUUGGUUCAGCUUGCUCAAGGAGCUGGAACAGGCCAACUUUCGCCUCUUCCACGUGCACAGCGACCCGACCCAACCGCACAUUUUUCUGCACAAGAACGUCUUCAAUGCCAGCAGUACCUACACUUUUGCGUGGGUGAACACACAGUGGAUGCCCUGACGUGAUUCAAAAUGAAAGAAGUUUAUCAGAUAAACUGUCCACUGUAGUAACCGCUGACCCUGAAAGGGUUACGGACCAAAAUACCGGCAGAAGAGCAUCUCUCGGCUCAGGUUGACCCCUCCCCGACCUGCGUAGCACACGGCUCCAUUUCUCCUUGAUGACCUUGAAGCCUCCAGGGGCCGUGUAUUCGACUACCUCAUCUCGGCUGUGCUGUUCGCCCAGGGUCAACUUUCUAGUCGGUCAACCCCAUGUUCACGGUUCGUGAUUAUUUCAAGCCCACGGGCAACUCAUGUUCACAAGACUUGCCCUUCCACCCUCGGUUUAUGGAGACAUGAAGAGACCCACAUUGCAAGGGACGCAAAUAGAUAGUAACCGCAUUUUUUCCUCUUCGGGGAGAAUUAUACAGCCGCAUGGAUUGUGACAGAAGAAGGAAAGACUUUUUGCCACUAUGGCUCUAUCAUGAACAAUCAUGUCAAGAACGUGCAGGUCCAAGAAGGUUCACGUGGAAUAAAGGAAGAGAGGUUUUUUGGUUUGACCUCCAAAAUCAUGUGACCACACCAAAAACUUUGUUUGCACGUACAAAAUAAAAGCAAGAGUGGGCGGAAA